GUUCCAGAAGAGAGCAUCCGAAAAGUGGUGGCGCCCAAUACCGUGCCACAGCGCUCCGCCCGUCUGCGAGCGCUCUGCAGGAUACAACCAGGCGAGGAGUUGACUUUCUGCUACUAUGGUGCUGAUUUCGCCGUCCUAGUCCAAAAUGCAGAGGACCGGCGACGGCGCCUCCGCAUCGGCUUUGAGUUUGAGUGCGAAUGCGAACUCUGCGAGCCCGGGGAUCGGCCACCCAAAAGCUACGGCCAACUCUGCAAGCGAGCUUUGGCCUUCGGCAAGCCUCCGCCGCUGCCACCGCAG